CUGCAUCAAAGAAGGAACUUACUCUACCCAUAUACUCCUGUUUACCAGGCUUAUCAUGAAUCCGCCCCCCAAAUCUCCACAAUCUCCAGAUCUCCGAGGUCACAACCACCCAUGAAUCCACUUCCCCACCAGUCAUGCUAAGGCCUCUCCUCACGUCACCGCCAUAUAUCAUUCAAUCUCUACCCAAUCCUUUAUUCUUCUCUUCGAAGCCAAACUCUCACUCAUUACUGGUCUCCAAAAUUUGCCGCAUUCUAUGCGAUUCCAAAUGGCGCAAAUCUGCUGACCUCAUGCGGGUAAUCCCGGAGCUCAAGCCUCAUCUUGUGUCCCAAAUCAUCGACACCCACAAGAGCACGGACUCUGUCCUAGAGUUCUUUUUCUGGGUUUCUAAGCGGCCUUUUUACAAACAUGACAUGGGCUGCUUCACUUCGAUGUUAAAUCGGCUUGUGCGUGACCGGGCUUUUGCUCCUGCGGAUCAUGUUAGGAUAUUGAUGGUCAAGGCGUGUAGAAAUGAGGGAGAGGUUGAGCGGGUGAUUGAGUAUUUGAAUGGAAUUUCUACAAAUGGUUUUGGGUUCAGUUUGUAUUGCUUCAACUCGAUUUUGAUUCAAUUGGGGAAGUUCGAGAUGCUUGGUUUGGCUCGAAAUGUUUAUACCCAGAUGCUGAACAGCGGGGUUAAGCCUAGCUUGCUGACUUUCAAUACUAUGAUUAAUAUUUUGUGUAAGAAAGGGAAGGUUCAAGAGGCCGAAUUCAUUUUGAGUAAGAUUUUUGAGUACGAUAUGUACCCUGAUGUAUUUACCUUUACUUCUUUCAUUCUUGGGCACUGUAGGAACCGUAAUUUGGAAAAAGCAUUUGACGUUUUUGAUAGAAUGCUGAAGAACGGUAUUGAUCCUAAUUCAGUCACGUACUCCCAUCUGAUCAAUGGGCUGUGUCAUGAGGGGAGAAUUGACGAAGCCCUUAAGAUGCUCGAUGAAAUGACGAAGAAUGGGAUCGAACCUACAGUGUACACAUAUACCACACCUAUUUCUUCCUUAUGCGAGGUUGAUCGUGUGGAUGAAGCAGUCAGGUUUGUGAUCUGUAACCCAAAUGUGCAGACAUAUACAGCGCUCAUUAGCGGAUUGUGUCGGGUGGGGAAAUUAGAAAUGGGGAUCGGCUUCUACCAUAAAAUGCUGAAGCAUGGUUUGGUUCCAAGCACAGUCACGUACAACGCGCUUAUAAAGGAAUUGUGUGAGAGAGGAAGAUUAGACGAUGGCAUGAAAAUUUUCAAUUGGAUGGAGAAGCAAGGGGCGUCAACAAAUAUACGAACUUUCAACGAGAUUAUAAAAGGGCUAUGUUCUACCGGUGAGCUUGAGAAGGCGAUGUUUCUUUUCAGUAAGAUGCUUCGUGCUGGUCCAUCUCCAACUGUGAUAACGUAUAACACCCUAAUCAGUGGAUAUUUCAGAACGGGGAAUCCGAACAAUGCUAUGAGAUUAGUAGAAAUGAUGAAGGAGAGCAGAUGUGAGCCUGAUGAAUGGACAUAUGCGGAAAUUCUUUCUGGUAUGUGCAAGGCAGGGAUGUUGGACUUGGCGUGUACUAUUUUCAAUGAAAUGUUGGAACGAGGUAAACAACCAAAUCAGGUAAGUUAUACAGCUAUGAUUGAUGGUCACUGUAAGGAAGGCCAAUUGGAUGUUGCUUUGUCCCUAUUUGAGAAGAUGGAAAACAAUGGUUGUAGUCCUAGUACUGAAACUUACAAUGCGACAAUAAGUGGUCUAUCUAAAAACAAUAAAUUUUCAGAAGCAGAAAAAUUAUUUAGUAAGAUGGAAAAGAAAGGAUUGGUACCAAAUGUCAUUACCUAUACAUCUUUGAUUGAUGGCCUCUGCAGGAAUGGUGGAACUGAACUUGCAUUCAAGAUUUUACAUGAAAUGGAAGCAAGAAAUUGUUUGCCAAAUGUGCACACAUAUUCCUUACUCAUUUUUGGUUUAUGUCAAGAGGGCAGGGCCGAUGAUGCAGAGCAGUUACUUGAAGAAAUGGAGAAAAAAGGGUUGUCUCCUGAUGAGGUCACAUUUACCUCGCUUAUUGAUGGUUUUGUGAUUGUUGGUCGGGUAGAUCGUGCAUUCUUGCUUUUUCAGCAGAUGGUAGAUGCUGGUUGCAAGCCUAAUUACCGAACUUAUGGUGUUUUGUUGAAAGGGUUACAAAAGGAAUGCCAAUUGCUUGCGCAGAAAGUUGUGGCCGAAAAUGAAGCAGUUUAUUCAUGCAGCCCAGAUGAGAGAGUUACUCAGUGUGAACUGAUCAGCAGUCUGUUGACUAGAUUGUCUGAGAAUGGUUUUGAGCCUACUGUGGAAACAUAUAAUACUCUAGUUUGUGGAUUGUGCAGUGAAGGCAAAUCUUUUGAGGCAGAUCAGUUGGUGGAAAUUAUGAAAGAGAAAGGCCUGUCUCCAGACAAUGAUACCUAUAACUCAUUAGUAGUUGCUCGUUGUAGAAAUGUGGAAGUUGAACCUGCCAUUCAAAUUUUUAACUUGAUGAUCAUGCGGGGGUUUGAGCCUCGUUUGUCAAUUUAUAAAAUUCUUAUAUGUGCUCUCUGCAAGGCAAGUCGAGCGGAAGAAGCUCAGUCUUUGUUCAUUGACAUGCUUGAGAAAGAUUUCAGCCAUGACGAAAUUGUUUGGACAAUAUUGGUUGAUGGGUUAUUGAAAGAAGGCGAGCCAGAUCUAUGCAUGAAGCUUCUUCAUGUUAUGGAAUCUAGAAAUUGUACUCUUAGUGUAACUUCACAUAAGAUCAUGGCCAGAGAACUGGGUGGGCAAUGUUGACAAGCUGGUUGAAACAGAUUAAAUUGGUCACAGGCUGGGAGUUCUGUGGGAUAUUGGAUGUAUUUGGUUUGGUUUAUAAUCAUCCAAAGACAGUAAUUUCCCUGAAGAAAUACAGGUGUCUACACUCUUGUAUUGCACCAUGCUCAGACACCAAAUAUUUUGGCGUUGGUAUAAAGAUUUUUGACUUGUCGGCAGUUGUUACUUUGCAAAUCCAUCAUACAAUCCACUGAUUUCAAACGUAUAUGAAAGUGACAGGAAGAAGAAACAGGGGAAGAUAUGGGGUCGUUCUACAAGAUGUUGAUUGCUCUCAGGUAAAAAUCUAUAUUGCUAGAUAGCUUUCGGAAGAUAUUCCUUGAUGACCUUGCUUGUUUCUAACAUGGCUUUUCGUGGGUUAAAAAAUUUAUUUGUUUGUCAAUUUGCGUCCGAGAAAUGAGUUAAUUCAAUCAUAUUCUGAAAUUGUCUAUUAGUUUGAAGGUAUCGGUGGAGAUAUUGUGUUGCACCUUUAAGAAUUUAAUUAGAUUGUUUCUACUCUUUAUUUUCAAAGCUUUCUAAUCUUGCAUCGAUUGUUUGUACGAUGUUUUUGAACCAUAACACUUUGGUAUGUACCACAAAACUUUGCUGUUGGCAUAUUUAAUACUGAUUAAGGUAUGAUAUCUGGCGGGUCAGCUAGAAAAUCAGAAGAAAAUCAUGGAAGAAUUGGUGUAUAAAAAGUGGUUCUUGAAGGGUAAAAUAACAUAGGAUGGUAAUUUAUAAUUACUGAUUCAGUCUGAAGUAAACACUUCAUGCUUUAAAUGGUUUAUUCUUCCUGGCAUGUGCGGAUAUGAAGUUAAUGGAGACAAAUAUGCAAUCUCAUAAGAUCGUCAUAAUCUGAGGUCAAUCUUAUAUUAGUAUUUGCUUAUACUUUUGUGAGUAAUUUUCUCAAGUUUUAGUUGGAUCUUGAGCACAAAACAUGACCACUGGAGUUUGAUGCCACUGAAAUUGAUAAGGUGUUUUUCUCAGGCACACACGCAUAUGCCAAUAUAAGUGAGAAGUGAGAACGCAUGCUUAGUGUCCCCCUUUAAUGGGGCCGAACUAGUUUUGAUUGUAAAGGUUGUGAGUAUUAUAGUAUUCACUUUAGGUUAGCCUCUCAUUGAUAAACUACUCCUCGUGUUUCAUGGUGAUGCUGCUUUUCAUUUGGUAGGUUUUUGAAUGACUAAAAUUUAGCGUCGAAGGGUGACUAUUAAUGAUGCAAAACCAGACUUGUGAGGCUGAUUAUAUUGUGGUACCUUCAACUCAAUCAGUACACCAGUCUGGUUGUAACUUUUCAUCACUUAAAAGAAAAUUUUGGUCAGCAAUUGUUUAAAGUGACCAGGUCUUCCACUCACUUGAACUGGUGUGACUCUGAGGAAAUAUCGAGAUUAUUUAUAUUAUUCCAGCCAAACCGUUUAGCAAUCUAGUGGAACCAAGGAUGAUGAAUGUGAUAAUGUGAUGCCACUGGGAGGGAGAUACCAUGGCCCUGAGUAGUUGUUAAGUGACAAAAGGAACCAUUGAGAUUUCUAGGGAAACAAUUUAUAUGUGCAGAGUGCUGUUUAGACUUUAGAGAGGGAGAUAUGAUGAUUCAUCUACAAUUGAUGGAUGGUGAAGUUCCAGACGAAACUUGAAUGAAUAGGCUUUUUUUGUUGAUAUUACUGUCAAUGCUAAUUGCAUAUCAAGUUCGAGCCACAUGCCUGCUUACCUACCCAAAAAAAAGUUGUUGAUGUCGAGACCAAACACACUCAAUUAUUGUGAAAAACUUUCAAGCUUGUGUUCAUCACCAGUUGAACUUUGGGUAGGUCGUUUGAAUGUGAAAGACGAUAAACCGAAAGGCAUCAUAUUGCAGGCUUUCCGUUCUCUUUCCUGAAUUCGAUUAUUACUCCUUCCAAUCCUUGUCCUUUUCAGUUUUUCAUAGAUUCUCCUCUGGUCGAAUGGUGGAAAAAUAUGAUGUUGGGCUUGAAAAAUGGGUGCAAAAGAUAACUAUAUCCCUUCUAAUGUUCAAACGCACAAGGAAAAUACCAACUUAUAUGAAGCUAACAUUUCUUUAUAAGACAAGCUGACACAACGAUCACCUAACCAAAUAUUCUCUUCAGAAAACACUUCCAAACACUAAUUUCCAACUGCAUUUGGCCCCUCUCUUGCACUUAUUCUCCUUAAAAAGUCAUUUUGGCUCCACAUUCACCAACCCAGCCUUCUCUUUCAACUCUUCUUCUUGGACUUUGCUGUGCAUUACUGGAUUCUGGAUCGUGUUACGUCACCUCGGAAUCAAUUAAUUGGCGAACGGGUUUUCCCUAUAUAUACCCAUACAUAUAACCAGUCCUUCCAUGUCAAACAAAGGGUAUUUAUCUCUUCAUAUGGUUAGGCCGAAUGGUGAUUCUACCAUGGCUAGUUCUUCGAUAGCUCUUCUGCAGGAGAGGUUUAGAGAGCUUCAAAGAGUAAAGGAGGACAGAGAAAAGAAAGAACUUCUUAGGCUUUAUUCGGGGUCUGAUCCUCCAUCGAUGCAUUAUAAUCAGCCUACCAAAUUGGGUUACCACCAACAAGAGAUGAUGUUCCUUCCAAGUAAACCACCUCUUGGGGAUUCCUUCUCCCUUGGGCUGAAACUACAGAACCGUACUGAUUUUCCAGUCGUGACUGGCACCAGCUUGACCAAAUCAAAACCAAGUGUUGCGAAUUCAUCAAAACAAUUUUGUUUUGACAGUUCUGAUGUUGAUACAACUCUACACCUCUAAACACUUCUUGUUUUUGGUUCUGAAUGUAAACUUUUUUUUGGAUGUAUGACUCAGAAAAAACAAUAAGUUUGUAUAGAUGGUUGUCCAUAUGCUGUUAUGAAUGAGUUCAUGUUUCUUAUCAUCAUCACUGUUCUUGAACUGCUUGUAAUCUCUCACUAUUUUUCUUUUCAUAAUCCAAGAAUUCAUCAGAGGAUUUUUUACAGUUUUCGAUUUUGGGACUCUUGAAAGCUUCUCAGACAGCUGAUAUUGACACAAGAACAGAACUGCAGCUGUUGUCCAAAGAAAAACUUCAACUUUUUUUAGCAAAUAGAUUCAAAAAUCCCUUGAGAUGCUCUUGUUCUACCAGAGACAAAGUUUAUUUGAAAAUACAGUGCAGCUGGUGUGAAGAUGGAGAUCUUAUCACUGUUGCGAAUGUGACUUUUUUGCUCUUCAUAUGUCAUCAGAAUGUUAAUCUGACAGGUUUUAAGUACACUAAGGAUAUGUUAAUGACAUAUAUCCUUAUCUAACUUGUUCUGGUUGUA